CAUUUAUUUUCCAUUCACACGUAGCAUAUAUUCGCUUUCUACUAGUAAACUGACCAUCACCACUACAAACCACAACUUUCAAGUUCUCCAACAUCUACAACUCAACUGAACUCAAAUGGAAGAGAUACAGCACAGAAUAGUGAACGUCAAUGGCUUAAACAUGCACGUGGCAGAGAAAGGCGAAGGUCCACUCAUUCUCUUCAUUCAUGGCUUUCCCGAACUGUGGUACUCCUGGCGCCACCAGAUCACGGCCUUGGCUUCACUUGGCUACCGAGCCAUGGCUCCGGAUCUACGUGGCUUCGGUGACACAGACGCCCCGCCUUCUGUCACGAGUUACACGUGUUUCCACGUGGUGGGAGACCUCAUCGCACUCCUCGACGUUGUCGCCCCCGACCAGGACAAGGUGUUCGUGGUGGGCCAUGAUUGGGGUGCUCUUAUUGCUUGGUACUUGUGUUUGUUUAGACCGGAUAAAGUCAAAGCUUUGGUCAACAUGAGUGUUGUGUUUAAUCCCAGGAAUCCCAAUAGGAAGCCACUUGAGGGUUUGAAAGCUUUUCAUGGUGAUGAUUAUUACAUCGUCAGAUUUCAGGAGCCUGGUGAUAUAGAAGCUGAAUUUGCACAGAUUGGUACUGAGAGAGUUCUCAGGGAAUUCUUAACAUACAGGACACCUGGUCCUCUUUAUUUACCUAAAGGCAAAGGAUUUGAACGUCCCUCAGAUGCUGAAAUUAUUUUGCCCUCUUGGCUAUCAGAGGAUGAUGUUAAAUACUACACCGACAAAUUUGAGAAGAAAGGCUUUACUGGAGGGGUGAACUAUUACCGUAAUAUAAACACGAACUGGGAACUUAUGGCACCUUGGACUGGGAGUCAAAUAAAGGUACCUGUUAAGUUCAUUGUGGGCGACCUGGACCUGACAUAUAACGCGCCAGGAACCAAGGAUUACAUAAACAAAGGUGGGUUCAAGCGGCAUGUGCCAUUGUUAGAGGAAGUGGUUGUAAUGGAAGGAGUAGGUCACUUCAUCAAUCAAGAAAGGGCUGAUGAGAUCAAUGAGCACAUAUACAACUUCUUUCAGAAGCUGUGAUUAGUUAUUUGGUUUCUAGUACUUUUUUCACCGAAACAACGAGAGCAUGCAUACUUCUGCUUGUGUGGCACCUUUUUUGUAUUACUUCAUCUGGGUUGUUCUUGUGAGUGCAAUGGGAGUUGUUAAUUGUUUGAUCUGCUUACCGUGUUAUGAUGCUACGUUGGGGUUGUUCUUGUAAGUGCAAUGCUAGUUGUUUGAUCAUAAGCCAUGGCGUGUAAUUGCUAAUGUUUCAGAACGUUAUGAUAUGCGAAUGUAAUAUUGGUGUCUUUUUACUCUUGGAAA